ACUGCAGAAACUUAAAUGGCACAGCAGGCACCCUCCCUAGUCGUGACGCACCCCGGUAUUUAUAACACUGGUCAUCCAUUUUGUUUACGAUGACGGAGGUGUGCAGCGCUACACUGGAGUCGAAGAGUCAUCUAGCGGUCAACAGCGGUACUACAAUUGCAGUUUGUCGCGUGUUCUUGUGAGCUUUUUCCCUUGGUCAAGCGAUGCCUUAUGUCCCUAUGCCAGCAUUGACAACAAUAAGAGAUAUUUUCUCAUAGAUUCAAAAUCCAGAGCUGCAUUUUUAAUGUGUCAACUCUAAGCUGAAGAGAGAAAGGAAAGGAGAAAAAAUAACAGUGCAGAGCCCCCGGAUGACCUUGAUUAUGGACCAUUGAUUUGGGUGACCCAGAGGUCAGCAUGCUGAUCAAGUGUUGCAGUAGGAGGGGCCGGAGGGAAUCUGCGCGUGGGGCUUCGCAGGAGAGUGUUUGAAAUGAUCUACACGGGCAGAGGAACUCCUCUCAGUCUCGCUGUGGUGGUAAUACUGUUCUCAUCGGGAACGCCGUGGACUUUCCGAGAGGAGAAGGAGGAUGUGGACAGAGAAGUGUGUUCAGAGAACAAAAUCGCAACGACGAAAUACCCCUGCGUAAAAUCCACGGGAGAGGUGACCACAUGCUACAGAAAGAAGUGCUGUGAAGGUUUUAAGUUUGUGCUGGGACAGUGUAUUCCAGAAGACUAUGAUGUGUGCACCGGCGCUCCGUGUGAACAGCAGUGUACCGAUCAUUUUGGCCGUGUGGUGUGCACCUGUUACUCUGGGUAUCGCUAUGACCGGGAAAGACAUAGAAACCGUGAGAAACCGUACUGCCUUGACAUUGAUGAAUGUGCCAACAAUAACGAGACGGUGUGCUCACAGAUCUGUGUGAACACCCCCGGCAGCUACCGGUGUGAGUGCGAGAGAGGCUUCUACCUAGAGGACGAUGGGAAAACAUGCACCAAGGGCGAGAGAGCUCCGCUGUUUGAGAAGUCAGACAACGUCAUGAAAGAGGGAACAUGCUCGGCCACAUGUGAAGACUUCCAUCAGAUGAAGAUGACCGUUCUCCAACUCAAACAGAAGAUUGCCUUGUUGCCAAGCAACACAGAGGUCAAUAAGCAGAUGACCAAUGAAAAGAUGAUGAUGACACACUCAUUUUUACCUGGACCUCCAGGGCCACCUGGGCCUGCAGGGAGCCCAGGACCCAAAGGUUCCCCUGGCCCCCCAGGACAGAUGGGGCCACAAGGUUUGCCUGGUCCCAGAGGCAACAUGGGGCCUAUUGGGCCCUCACCGGACCUAUCUCAUAUUAAACAGGGACGACGUGGCCCAAUGGGUCCUCCCGGGGCUCCAGGCAGAGAUGGCAUGAAGGGAGAGAGAGGGGUUCCUGGCCCUUCCGGACCUCCAGGCCCACCAGGAUCCUUUGACUUCCUGUUACUCAUGAUGGCUGACAUUCGUAAUGACAUCGCUGAGUUGCAGAACAAAGUGUUCAGUAGACCGUUGCACUCCUCAGGAGAGGACUUCCCAUCUGCCCCAGACAAUUGGAGGGACUCUCAGGAAAGCCUGGACUUCGGCUCCGGAGAAGACUACAAACCCCAGAGCCCCCCGAAGAGCACCAGAAAGAGGAAAUUGCCCCGGACCUUAAACAAUCCUGGUUGGCCAAUUUGAGACUGUCCUCGGCUCGAACAGAGCCAGAACUGAAAGGAAUAACUGAUUAAAGAGAGAAUGAGUUGUGUAAAUAUCACAGAAUGACUGCUAUUUAACUGUAUACUCGCUGAAAAAAAAGACUGAAUGUAUUUCAUUGUAUGAAAUUUCUAUUUUUAUAACAUAAAGGAUGUACAUUUUUGUAA